AUGAUAGAGAAAUACACGUCCGCUAACACUCUAGAACACUUUCUUCUGAUGGCCGCUGUAGGUUGGUUGGUUGGAACUUUGUUGACUGUCCUAUACUUCUACAGCAGUGUGAGUAGAGGCGAUGCAGAUGUGUUUUGGUGUUUUAUGAUCAAAGUUCCUCUCCUCGUGUUGAUAACAGUGUCUCUAGCCUUCACGGAGACUGGUCGUUGCUUGUUACUGCUGGUGCCUCUACAACUAUGCUCUUCUAGAGGGCAAAUGUACAUCCACGGGACCGUGUUACUGUUGGUCACCACGGGGCCAUUGAUGAAUCUUAAACACAACCUGAGCGUGAUUCAAGAAACUAGUACCUGCCAGCAGAAAGGUGUAGCUGACGCAGCAGCUGAAAUAGCGGACAUCCUUUUUGGACCUUUUACAUCCUUUAAACAGGCAGCGAUGGAAAUCGUCAAUGGUAUCAAAACUAUGGUAGCCAAGAUUCAAGCUAUAUUGACGAGUUUUAAAAGAAUGGUUAUGACAGUAGCUGAUGCCAUUCAGGGUGCGACGCGAUGGAUCAAUAGUAAAAUUAACGGAUGCAAGACUACUGUCGGUACAACUUACCAACACUGCAUGGAUGCUUUCACCUGGAUGUAUGACGAGUGUAAGGUGAGCGUGCCUAGUGUGUUUGUGAAGAUGUGCGCUGUCACUGAGUUUGCUAGCAACCUCUGCAGUACUGUUAAACCCGGGGAGUAUCUGUGUGACUUGGUGUUCUUCAAUGUGGAUCCGCUUGUAACUACUGUCAGUCAAAGAAUCAGCCGACUAUUGGACCGAGCGUACACAUUGAUGUACUUCUCAGUCAACAUACAUCACGAGUUUCACAUAGACUCAAAUAGCCAGAAUAUCAUGAGCGAUAUCAAAGAAAGAUUAAAAUCGUCUUUAGUAAGCUUAAUCAUAAUGCAUUAUUUUGCUAGUGUCGUACAGCUUGCAAUGUUUUUAUUUCACUUUUGUUUCCUGUGGAUUGUUUAUCGCUACAGAUCGAGGUACUUGCGGAGAGAUGAGUUUGACAAUUACUAUAUGAGUGGGAGAUUGAAAGAUAUUGAUCAUCUUGAAGCUCUAGCUGGUCGAGAAUCUAUAUUUCCAUUGACAAGAGUUGAAACAAACAAAUACAUCAAAGUGUUUAGCUGUAAGAUUGUUAAAAAGGAGUGGAAAUCAUUCUCUUUUCCGACUUUUACUACUAUAAAGACAGGCUUGUAUCUAGGAAUUAUUGGGAUGGAUUAUUUGUUAUAUUUUAUUGCUGAAAAAUGUCGAACAUUUAUGCUCGCUGUGAUGCAAUCUUUUGGUUCACGAACAGAAGUCUCUAUUGUAGGGUCUGGCUUUCUAGCGGAGCUAAGUAGACGUGUGGUGCGAGCAUUGAAUUAUAUGGAUUAUAAUUUUUACCAAGCUCACUUUAUGCCUUGCAUACCCAAUCCAAGGCCUCCCAAUUCUUGGACAAACCGUGUAAUUUAUUUUUGGCUUAUUGUUCUAUGGUUUUCUUGGGCGAUGAAGCCCUUUGUUUUGAGAUUCAGACAUGUAGUGAUGGACUAUUACAACCCUGACGUUGCCGACAGACGAGCAAGAUGGCUUUACAAUCAUAUAGUGUUCAAGAGAAUGAAUUUUCUAAAAGUAGUUAGUAUCAAAUUAAGGGGAAAGUACAGUUCUGAUCAAUCAAAGAGGACAUUUUCUAUUGCUGACUUCUUGAGAGCCAAAUAUCCAUGGAUUACCUACAUAAUAGGAAAAGGUCUGAUUGGCUCAUAUUGUAAAAUUUGUAAUCAUGUUGUACCACCUUUGUAUUACUGUCCCACUAAAGAUUGCUUAGGAGUCUAUUGCGACGACUGUUAUAUAAGUGUUCAAGGGUUGUGUUACAUAUGCAGACGAGAAAUGAUGGUAGCUGACUUUGAAAGCAAGCGGAUCAAUUUCAAGAGCAUUACACCUGACUCAGAAGAAAUCGCUGAUGUUAAGGAUGAAGAGGAAGGAUUUUUCAAGGUUGUUGAUGAUGAAAGUGAUUUGGAUUUUAGCUACCAGGACCAAAUGACUAGUUACAGAGUGUCUGAAUCUGAAGAAAAUUCCCAAACUAUUCAGUAUACUUUUGUUGAGAGCAAUGAUGACCAUGUCCCGUUCAAAUCAAAAUUAAAACACAGAAAACUCCGAGAGUUUAAUGGAAGUAAGAAGUUGAGCUAUGAAGAAAUGUUUGAGAUGCUCUAAAUUAUUUUUGUUUAUUUUCCUGUCAUAUUUACUCAGGUUACCAGUAUUACAUUA